AUGUUUAGAAAUAGCAUUAUUAGAUUCCAGAGGUAUGUCAGUCAUCCAGUUCAAAAAAAUAUAAGCAGAUCAAUUUCAUCAAAAAUACUUGUUCUUUCAGCUGCUAGGAAUUUAACUUUCAAGCAAUUAACUGUGAAUAAUAAGGUGUCUCAAAGAGCAUAUGCAAGUGCAUCCACAGGUGGGUUUCAAAUACCAGAUGAAGUUAAAAAUUUAAAUAUAGAAGUGUACCAUAAUGUAGCAGAUCAAUUUUUAGAAGAAUUAUCCGAAAACAUAGAGGAUAUUAGUCAAAAUUUUCCAAAAGAUAUUCCUGACGUCGAUUUAAGUCAUGGAGUGUUGACAGUGACAGUUCAUAAGUUUGGCACCUACGUUAUUAAUAAACAACCUCCAAACAAACAGAUAUGGCUGGCUUCGCCUAUCUCGGGACCUAACAGAUAUGAUUACUACAAAGGUGAAUGGGUUUCUUUAAGAGAUAAUACAAAAAUAUUAGACGUUCUUAAGAAAGAAUUAACUGAAGCUGUCCCUAAUGCAAAAAUAUCCUUAUAA